AUGUAUUCCCCCUCUCUGCUCCUCUCCAUCUUUCUCUCUCCCUCCCUUUCUCUCUCCUCUCCAUCUUACAAGCACCCACAUGCAUACACACACGAAUCUCUCUCUGAUGCAAGUAAAGACACUCAGGCUUCCUAUAUUCUAAUUUAUAGUCUCUCUCUGAUGCAAUCUCUCUCUGAUGCAAGUAAAGACACUCAGGCUUCCUAUAUUCUAAUUUAUAGUCUCUCUCUGAUGCAAUCUCUCUCUGAUGCAAGUAAAGACACUCAGGCUUCCUAUAUUCUAAUUUAUAGUCUCUCUCUGAUGCAAUCUCUCUCUGAUGCAAGUAAAGACACUCAGGCUUCCUAUUAUAUUCUAAUUUAUAGUCUCUCUCUGAUGCAAUCUCUCUUGAUGCAAUCUCUCUCUGAUGCAAGUAAAGACACUCAGGCUUCCUAUAUUCUAAUUUAUAGUCUCUCUCUGAUGCAAGUAAAGACACUCAGGGCUUCCUAUAUUCUAUUUAUAGUCUCUCUCUCUGAUGCAAUCUCUCUCUCUGAUGCAAUCUCUCUCUCUGAUGCAAGUAAAGACACUCAGGCUUCCUCUAUUCUAAUUUAUAGUCUCUCUCUGAUGCAAUCUCUCUCUGAUGCAAUCUCUCUCUCUGAUGCAAGUAAAGACACUCAGGCUUCCUAUAUUCUAAUUUAUAGUCUCUCUCUGAUGCAAUCUCUCUCUGAUGCAAGUAAAGACACUCAGGCUUCCUAUAUUCUAAUUUAUAGUCUCUCUCUAUGGAUGCAAAAUCUCCGGAUCUAUCUAUCUAUCUAUCUAUCUAUCUAUCUAUCUAUCUAUCUAUGUCUCACCCCUUCUUACUCAUAUCUAUCUAUCUAUCUAUCUAUCUAUCUAUCUAUCUAUGUUCAUAGUAUGGAAACAAACUCUUUUCAGCAUACUUACUCAUAUCUAUCUAUCUAUCUAUCUAUCUAUCUAUCUAUCUAUCUAUCUAUCUAUCUAUCUAUCUAUCUAUCUUCAUACCUCUCUCCCUCUCUCUCUUUCUCUCCCUCUCUCUCUAUCUUUCUGUCUAUGGAUCAAUGA